AGUGACUGAAGUGAAAGUGAAAAACAAUUAGCUCUUUAGUCAAGAAUAAAUCCUUAUUUUUACACAAAUUUCUGAAAUUAUCAGGAUAUUCACCGAAUCUGAAAGUAUUAUAGCUGCAGUGAAUUCUGACUCCCUGAAAAGAGCUUAAACACACAGAAAGAAAUAAAUGGCUGAAUCUUCAUCACCAACAAAAGGCAGAAGGAGGAGUAUGGACGAAUCACGUUCAUUUUCCCAUGGCUCCGGCAGUCUUCUGUCUGAAGAACAGCUGCUGUGUUCGAUCUGUCUGGAUGUGUUCACUGAUCCAGUCACCACUCCAUGUGGACACAACUUCUGUAAGAGCUGCCUUACACAGUGCUGGGACAAGAGUCAACACGGUCACUGUCCAUUAUGUAAAGAGAAAUUCACCAAGAGACCUGAACUGAAGAUUAAUACAAUACUGAGAGAGGUUGCAGAUCACUUCAAGAAGAAAAGUGGUUCUGACAAACCUGAGGUUCUUUGUGAUGCCUGCAGUGGAGAGAAGAUCAAGGCCCUGAAAUCCUGUCUGGAUUGUUGUGCUAGUUUGUGUAAAACCCAUUUAGAGUUUCAUAAUAAUAUGCCCAAACAUAAGAAGCACAAACUAAUAAACCCUGUGGAGAACCUGGAGGACUACAUAUGCCAGAAACAUGAGAGAGCUCUGGAGCUGUUCUGUAGAGAUGAUCAGACGUGUGUGUGUCAGUUCUGUACUGAGACAGACCACAAGAAUCACAACAUUGUUCCUAUAGAGGAGGAGAGCAGAGAGAGGAAGACUCAGCUGGUGAAAACACAGACAGAUGUGCAGCAGAUGAUUCAGGACCGACUGAAGAAGAUAAAAGUGAUCAAACACUCAGUAGAGCAAAGCAAGAGAAGCACAGAGAAAGAGAAAGCAGACAGUGUUGAAGUUUUCACUGCUCUGAUUCGCUCCAUUGAGAGAAGUCAGGCUGAGCUGCUGGAGAUGAUGGAGGAGAAACAGAAAGCAGCAGAGACUCAGGCGGAAGGACUCAUUAAAGAGCUGGAGCAGGAAAUCAGUGUGCUAAAGAGGAGAGACACUGAGCUGGAGCAGCUCUCACACACUGAGGAGCAUCUCCACCUCCUACAGGUUUACUCCUCCAUGUGCAGCCCUCCACACACCAAGAACUGGACUGAGAUCAGUAUUAACACUGAUGUGAGUGAGGACACUGUGAGGACAGCUCUGUCUCAGCUUCAGCAGACUCUGAAUGAGAAACUCAAUAAAACACUCGAUGACAAGUUAAAGGAAACAGUUUCCACAGAACUGAAGAGGAUUCAGCAGUAUGCAGUGGAUGUGACUCUGGAUCCUGAUACAGCUCAUCAGAAUCUCAUCCUGUCUGCUGAUGGAAAACAAGUGACACAUGGAGAUGAACUACAGAAUCUCCCUGAUACACCACAGAGGUUUAAUCAUUAUAUCUUUGUUCUGGGAAAACAGGGUUUCUCCUCAGGGAGAUUUUAUUAUGAGGUGCAGGUCAGAGGGAAAACUGACUGGGAUGUUGGAGUGGCCACAGAGAACACUAACAGGAAGGGACAUAUUACAAUGAAACCUCAGAAUGGACACUGGACUGUGGCUCUGAGGAAUGAGAAUCAGUAUCAGGCUCGUGCUGAUCCCCCUGUCCCCCUCACACUGAGAGAGAAGGUGGAGGUUGUGGGGGUGUUUGUGGAUUAUGAGGAGGGUCUGGUCUCCUUUUAUGAUGUGAAGUCCAGAUCUCAUAUCUACUCUUUCACUGGUCAGUCUUUCACUGAGAAACUCUAUGCAUUCUUCAGUCCUUGUCUAAAUGAAGGAGGUGAAAAUUCAGCACCACUGAUCAUCUCUCCUGUAUUUAAAACUUAAUAAUCUAUAAAUGUUGAGAAUAAAAAAAGUUACUUUUUUGGUUAGAUUUUUGAAACACAUUUUCCCUUUUAAAAUGCUUUACAGAUUAUUUUAAUACCUGGUUUUAAUUGUAAUCCUAAAGUCUGUUAUUUAUAAUUAUGUAACAUUAUGAUUGUGGAUCUUUGUCAUUACAAAUCACAUAUGAAUAAAGAUCAUUUACAGUUUACUCUGAGUUUUACUGCAGAAUUUAAUUUGAUCAAUAGAAUGUAUAAAGUUCAGCUGCUGAUGUCUGUGUAGAUAAAAACAAACAAAACUCUGUUUCUGCUUAAAACGUCAUCAAACACAAACACAAUCAGAUUCAUAUUUUAUUUAGAAAUAAAAAUCUCAGGUUAAAAUCUCUUUAUCAGCACUAAUAAGCAAAUGUCUAAAAGGAUGGACAGUAGAGGGAGCUUCAUUAAUAUUCAUAGUGUAAGUGCUACCUGAUUGGUCAGUGAAAUGUUCUGACGUUUCAUGUUGAUGCACGUGACCGUUUUAUGACUGCUGUGAAAAAUCAUCUUGAGGAGAUCAAACUGACCAGAGCAAGAAAGAGGAUUAACCAACCUGAAAUAUACAUUAUACAUUUUAUUUUAUUUUUCUGUUUGUAAAGACAUAUUGCUAUGCUAAGUGAUAUCGAGCUCAGCGAGACAUUAUUAAAGCAAAGGUUAUCUUGGAGAAAGUCUACAUGUAUAUAUUUCUUCAUGUAUGAGUUCUGAAUGUUUCUACUUUUUAGUCAUUAUGAUUUAUUUUAUUGUGUGCAACAUCAUUCCUGAGCAAUGUUUGCAGUGUGACAGAGCAUUAUCCUGCUGAAGGAGCCCACUGCACUUUUGAAAUUGUGUAUUUGGGGUACAACAAUGUUUAUGAAGAUGGUGUGUGUUAAAUUAACACCCACAUGAAUGACAGGACACAAGCUUUCCAGCAGAACAUUGUUCAGAGAAUCACAGCAUCUCUGCUAGCUUGUGUUCUUCCCAUAAUGCGUCCUGUUGCCAUCUGUUCAUAAGGUAAUGUCAGGAUAUAGCUAGGACUUUUUACUGGUGCCACGUGUUUUUUGUUUACGUUUUGUGUUCAUGUGUCUGCCCUGACUGUGUUUAAUUCCUUCCAGCCUCAGUACACCUGUUUCUUAUGUGUCUGAUUGUCCUCCUUAUGUAUACCUGUUGUCUUGUGCUUGUGGUUUUUUUGGUGUUUUUGUACUCCUUGUUUGUUUUAUUAUCUGAGUUGCUUUGCCUUUCCCAGUGUUUUUCCACGUGUUUGUUGUAUUUCUUAAUAAAUCCCGUUUUUACGUUAU